AUGGCCUGGAGGCAAAUCGUAUCGUUGAACAGAAGAUUACUCUCAGCACCUUCAAAUCCGGUGCCAGGGUUUGCAAGUUUUUCCUCCAAAUCCUCACCUUACAUAGUGAAAGUUGGCAUACCAGAAUUUUUGAAUGGAGUGGGUAAAGGUGCCGAAACACAUGUGGAAAAGCUUGAAUCUGAAAUUGGGGACUUCAAUAAACUUCUUGUCACACGCACUCUCAAACUCAAGAAACUUGGGGUCCCCUGCAAACAUGUAAAUCAUUUUCUUGUCCUUUGAUUUGCUAUUUCUCUUUAAAUGGUUUUAAGUGGGGAAAAUAAUUGAUGUACUGUUAAUGUUUCCUGAAAUUUUGCUUCCUGGUGAUUUUGUCUGAUUUGUACUUAGUGUAGGCUGCUAUACUUUGUCGUAUUACUCAAAACUAUAUAUUAUAUAACAUUCUGUUUGACAUAUUCUAUGGCCAAGAUUGAUAAAUGCCCGGCCCUGGUACUUGAACUGCAGUUUAUGUCAUCAGUUGUAAAUUAAGGUGGAUGGAGAGCCUGAACUUGUAUGAUGAAACUAGGACAUUGUCUGCAAGAUAAUGUUCUAUUAGAAUUUAUUAUUGGUGUGUAUUGUCAAAAAAGUUGCAUGAAUUGCUUGGGAAGGCUUAUAGCUGAACUGAGAUUGCAAGCGGACUAGAAAAGAUUGAUUUUCCUUGAUAUUGUUACGAUAGUUAGGAAGGUAUGCUCUAAAGAUGAUUUUGUAAGCAGAUCUGAAGUUAAGUGAGGAAGGAGGAAUUAAAUACCUAAACCUGCUUGCUUAGGGAACCUAACUUUUCCUUCAAUUGUCAAGGUCCAGUGCUAUCCAAAAGGCCCAUCCCAGUAAAACUAUGGUAAGUAGUUCGUUCUACUCGUUUGGGAUUCAAAAAGUCUGCAUUGUUUUUGUUUGUUUAGAGGCCAGUAGUAACAAGAUUCCAUGGCAGGGGCAACAUAGAACUAUCUGAACACAUGUUGGAUUGAUAAAUUUGAACCCAUGACAGAAAUAUGGAGGCUGGAUGGAAAGAGAGCAGAAGUCUGAUGUUUUAUUCUUGAAGCUUUUCAAUCACUUGAAUUAUGUGGCCCUAAAAGAGUAUUAAUAGGAAAUAAUCUCAUAUACACCAUAAUUCUUGAAAAUAUUUCAAAUGUAACACCAUAAUUUCUGUAUGUAUUGAUUUUGGCCAUGGCUAUCUAAACAACAAUGCUUCAACAAUUGUGUCAUUCCAUAUAGAAGGUCAUUGCAUGAACCUUACUGGUAAAUUCCUACCCAACUCCGCUUCUUAUUGAUACUGAUUAGUUCCAGCUUAGUUUUGUUGCAAGUUUUCUUUUUGGACCGGACCCAUUUUAUAAAACACCGGUUUAUCUUGCAUUUGCUUCCACGCUUGUGUUUGCAGGCAUUCCCUGAAAAGGGAGAUGAGAGGCGUCUGCUCUGGUGGCCUACAUAUAUUUGUGUCUAUGGUGUUUAUGUACCAUUUUUUUUUUCUGCUGGUGUUAUCUUCCCAUGCUUCAUGGAUACUCAUUAUUAUCAUGGAUACUCAUUAUUAUUGACUGUUCUCGUAGUGUUCCUUUGAGAUAUGAUUUAGCAACAGAGGGGUUGCAUCAUAUUGGGUAUGUAGCUUUACAUUGAGGGAUCUGCUUAUUGUUUAUCACAUUGCAACUGGUGGGUGGUUGGCAAAUGAUGUGCUCUUGGUUGCUCAGUUUAUUUGAAAUCUUUUAUGGACACUAUAUAGGCUUUAAAUAGCAGCUUAUUCAUGGUAUCUGUAGAUAUCAACUUUAUUAGGAGUGGCCAAGCACUUGUUCCCCUUCUGAAAUAUUGCAGUCUAGCUUUGUCAUAAGAUUUAUCAAACAUGGCAACUUAGUACAAAAUGCCUAAUAUGCUGAUAAACUGAAAUAAAAAUAUACCAAAGUCUUAUGAAUAUUCUCUCCCACACUUGUAUAUUGCAAUACUUAAGCUGAUGGUUCUGUUAUUAUGCCUAUACUAAAUUAAGAUGUUCUAUUGGUAUUUCUGCAUUGCAUCUUUCUUUUUUGAUAGUUGUCAGCUAUCAACAUUCUUUAUAAAGAUUGAUAGGUAAGGUGAAACAGUUCUUUCCCUGAUAAGUAUAUAAUCUAGUUUUACAGAAUAAUAUUGCAGUCCAUGCCAUUAGUUGUGUGCCCGCUUUAGCUAGUUUAAUAUUUUAUGUCUCAACCUGUUAGGAAUCACUCCAGCAGUGAGCCAAAACAGAAAUGACAUUUCCCUCUUCUAGCAGGUCAACUGCUUCAGUGCUAACAAUGUUUUGAGUUCUAUAGAUGUUCCAAGCAUAGUUUCAUUGAUUUUUGAAGCCAUAGUGCUGUACUGUCUUUCCCCCAAGGGCUAAAAUCCUGAAACAUAUGUGAUACAUACUGAGUGAUAUUUGAGGUUGCUGUGUUAACAAGCAUAAUUAGCACACAUUUGUAGAAAUAAGCGGUACAGAAAAUAAGCACAAGCAAUACAAAAAAUCAGCAUUAAGCAUUAUAGAAAAUCAGCAGAAGCAGAGAUCAACAAAAUCAGCAUUAAGCAGAGAAAAUCAGCAUCAAAUUAGAAGCAUUACAAAAAAUCAGCAUCAAAUUAGAGUUGAAAAAAAGCAGAAUCAGCAUUACAGAAAAAACAGAAUCAACAAAAUCAGCAGUAAGCAAAAGUAGAAGCAUAGAAGUAGAACCAAAAGCAGAGAAGAAAAAAUAGAAUCAAAACUAGAAAUAAACCCAGGAGCAAAAGCAGAAGCAGAAAAAGAGAAGCAAGAAGCAGAAGCAGAAAAAGAGAAGCAAGAAGCAGAGAACUAGAACCAGAAGCAAAAUAAGAGAAGUAGAAGCAAAAAUAAAAACAAAGAAGCAAAACCAGAACCAGAAGGAGAGGAGAGGAGAGGAGAGAAGAGAACAUACCUCUAUUGUCAAAGAAGAAGACGGAAGUAGUAGUAUAAGUAGGAAAUGUAGCAAGGUACCAGUAUUUUUUGUCAAAGAAGAAGAAGAAAAAGAAGAAUUAAAAAAGUAGAAGAAGAGGAGAAGGAGA